GGCGCUAAUAAGUGGUGACGUAGAGCCCUGUAACAAUUUGACCAGCAAGUGUAGCACGUCGAUGGCCUAGCCCUUGUCCUCUAACGUUUACCAGGAUGACUGACAUAGAGUUGGUGAAAAAAAUGCUCCGGGCUGUACUGCAGUCAAACAAAAAUGGAGUGUCUGUAUCGAGACUGCAGUCCGACUACAGGACCCUUACUGGGGAAUUCAUCCAGCAUAAGCAGAUGGGCUACCCAAGUUUAGAGGGAUUCCUGAGGAGUAUUCCUUCUGUGGUACGAAUAGAGUAUCGACUUGGCGAGGGGAUAUGCUUUGCUGCUGUGUGUCAGGAGACCGCACACAUUGCCCAGUUGAUCGCACGACAGCGAGCCCCUAAAAAAACGGGCCGUGCCAAAAUGGUCAACUGCCAUAUGAGAGUGAAGCCAGCAUCCCCAUUUAUGCUCCAUGCAAGGCCCAGAACCUCCCUCAGGCAACCAGAGUACAUGAGUCGCACUGGCCGCGGAGGCUUCUCAAAGCCAGGGAACUACGGCAUCCAGAGGCAGACGUUCACCAGCAACCAGACAAGUGUGACCACUUUCAGACCCACCGCAUAUCCUGAAAGACCCAGAAACACGCUGUCUUCACGGUUCCAGAAAGAGGUGUAUGUGUCCAAGAACACCCAUCAAAGCAGUGGUUUGCCCCCUGCAAGACCUGCUGCAUUGGUCAAGGAGCUGACCACUGCCCAGAUCCCACACCUCCAAGGGCAGCUCAAGCAACUCUUGACCAAAUACAGCAGUGGGGUGUGGCUGUCAAAGAUUCCCCAACUUUUCUGUGACUUUUUCAAACAGGACCUACAUCCCUCUGCACUAAAGGACAUGGAGAAUUGGACCCACAUCUGCUCCGUCGAGAAGCCUGGAAGCAACAACAUAGUGGAUCGCCUUGUGUAUCCCGCCCUUAACAUCCCACCAAAGCCCACUCCAACACCCACUGCCAAACCCCCUUCUUCUCAAAGCAAGCCCACCUCCCCCAGCCCCAAGUACCCAUUCCUGCCCACCCCUCCUCAGAGUCCGGUGUCUCUGUCCCCGUCCCCAACGUGCGUGUCCCCGCUGCCCUCUGGUCCAGUGGUGGUGAGUGCUGACGUGAAGCAGAAGCUGCGGGAGCUGCUGGAGAAGUACGGUAACGGCCUGUGGGCUCACGCACUGCCCAAACUCUUCCAGGAAGCCUACAGGACCUACUUCCCUGUCCAGGUGCUGUCAGACCUCUCUGUCCUGAGUGACAGUUGUGUGAUUGAGUACCCCAUGCCUGACAAUAAGAGAAAGGCCAUACUGUAUGCCCUGCCCACUGUGGAUGAGAGCAAGCCCCAGAACUCUGUGGCCCUCCAGCGGAAGCUCUUCCAUCCAGUCACUAACUCACUGGUGCCCCCUCUCCUCCUGCCCAAAGAGGACUACCCAUCAGUGCUGGUUGUGGAGGCUCUCUCUACUAACAACCUAGUGAUCAGGUAUAUCGGCGAGUCGUACUCACAGGCACAGGAGGCCAUGGAGGACUCCAUGCGGGAGUUCUACGGUUUGAAGGGCAGGAACGCGGCGCCCCCGGUGCUCCUGGCCAACCGCCUGUAUGCAGUGCGCGUGGAGGAGGAGGAGGUGCUGAGGGCCCAGGUGUGCGAGGUCACAGCUGAGAAGGUCAAGGUGUAUUAUGUGGAUCAUGGCUUCAGUGAGAUGGUGGGCAGAGAUAAGAUUCUUCGACUUGAUGAACAGUUCCUCAAACUCCCUUUUCAGGCUUCCACCUGCCGCCUUGCAGGGCUCAGUGACUUUCACACAGACUCCUCAGUACUAAAGGUGCUUGAGUCGCAGGUCUGUGGCCACAUCCUCCUGGCGGAGGUGGUUGACAGAGGAGAGGUUCCAAUGGUGGUGCUGUAUGACACGUCACAGGAGGAUGAUGUCAACAUCAACGCUCUCUGUCUCAAGUCUCUCCAGGACAACGCUAUGAGCCACCCUCUUCAGGUUAACAGCACUUACCUGAACGUCUCAGUCACAAAUGUGUGCUCAGAUGGAACAAUCUUCUGCCAGGUUCCAUGCCGGGGUCUUGCCAAACUGAAAGCACUGUUUGAGAAGAUUGAGUCCUUUAUCUCAUCCCAGGGGAGCUCAGAGCUGCUGGUGGCCAAGCCAUUCUGUGGGAAGAUUUGCCUGGCUCGCUACCAAGGCAAAUGGUCCCGGGUGGAGAUCACUAACCUGCAUGGUAGCCGUGUGCUUGACAUCCUGUUUGUGGAUCUGGGCCUUCCUGCCUCGGUGGAGGUGAUUGAGCUCCGAGAGAUCCCACCACUUUUCUUGCCUGCGCUCAUCACCAUCCCAUUCCAGGCCUUUAAGUGCGGAUUAGAAGAAUUGUCUGUGGGCGAGGGAGUAUGGAGUCCAAACUCAAUCAUGUGGCUCAGAGAUACAGUACUCAACAUGACUGACUGCAGCAUGAGGAUCGCGCGGUUGGAUGAGUCCAAGCUCGUGCACAUCUACUUGUUCCCCUCCAACAGCUGCCAGGAGGUGGCCAGCAGCGUCAACCACCAGCUGCUCAACUCUGACCUCUGGAGCCCGUCCCCUCCGCCCCCUGUGCCCCGUGUCCACUCGCUGGCUGCAGGGGACGCUCCGUUUGAGCCCUCUGACCGCCUCGUCAUGCCGCCGGUUCUGGAGAUGCCGCAGGUGGGCCAGAACAUCGACGUGUUUGUGUCCGUGGCCUGCCACCCGGGCCACUUUGUGGUGCAGCCGUGGGAGGAGCUGUACAAGCUGAUCGUGCUGAUGGGCGAGAUGAUCCUCUACUACAACCGUGUGCAAGACGACAAGACCCUCGUUGUGGAGAAGAACCUUAUAUGUGCUGCCAAGGUGGACAAAAAUUGGCACCGUGUGCUGGUCAAGGGGGUGUUGACCAAUGGGCUGGUGUCUCUGUAUGAGCUGGACUACGGCAAGCACGAGCUGGUGAGCAGCAGCCAGCUCCGACCUCUCAUCAACGAAUUCAGACAGCUGCCUUUCCAGGCCAUCACUGCUGAGCUGUCAGGUGUGACACAGAGCCCGUGGUCUGAGGAGGCUGCCAUGGUGUUCCGUAACCACGUGGAGAAGAGGCCACUGGUAGCCCGGGUGGAGUCAGUGCAGGAUGCUGCCUGCCCCUGGGACAGGAAGAUAACGGUCUACCUGGUAGACACGUCACAGGACCAUAGGGACAUCUGGGUGCACAACCUCAUGACCGAGUUCCUGGAUGAGCUCAGCAAGGCUGCAUAAACUAUGAGGGCAACACCACACCAUUAUUACGUUCAGAUAGUUUUGAUGUUACAACUCUGUUGGUUUGUAAUUCUUUGUUAGCCUGGAAGUUUGGAACAGGUCAUCAUUUUGAGCAAAAUUAACUUCAACUUUUGUUUAUUAUUCUUUUUCUGUGUGUGUUUACUAAGUGAUGGAACUUGGUUCCAUAAAAUAUUUAAUUUUGAGGUUUGUAUUUUUGUAGCAAAACAGUAGCUAUUAAGUUAUUUAAUAAUGUGUGUCCUUUAUUAUUAGCACUUUGUUUUGGUCUUGUUUUGUCUUUCACUUUCGCAAUGUUGAGUUGGUGGCGAGAGAUGAUACCUGUUGACUAUAUAUAUAUCUGUUUUUAGUAAAAUAUUCUAUGUUGCCCUCUGGUACCGAUUAUCAUAACAUCUCUAUUAAAUAGGCUACCGAACCAA